GCCAAAGUUUAACACGCUCGCGCUGCCUCUUCCUACUCGCAAAGAAGAAGACAUGACGGAGUGUGAUGAUCGCAGCAACUGUACCUCAAAUAUGUAUUUGCCAAGUUGCACUUAUUAUGUAUCGGCAGCAGAUUUUUCAUCUGUCCCGUCGUUUUUACCGCAGACGUCUUCGUGUCAAGUAAAAUUCCCGUACUCUUCCAACAUAGCUCAAGUCCAACCUGUUCGAGAAGUUGCGUUCAGAGACUAUGGACUCGAUCACCCGAGCAAAUGGCAUUACAGGGGUAAUUACGCUUCUUACUAUCAAACGGACGACUUUAUGCAUCGAGAUCUAAUGCAGGCUUCGGGCAGAACGGACAUGAUAUUCAAAAAUGAUUCAAUGUACAGCCAUCACGGCGGCACAAAUCCAUCUUGUAAUUUUUUCGCAAAUACUGGUAGAAAUGGCGUUCUCCCACAAGGAUUCGAUCAGUUUUUUGAGACCAUGAACUCCAACACUGAAAAAUCUAACUCGGACUCUUCGAAAAGAAAGUCGGAAUCCACGCCACCCGGAAAUACGGAAUGUACUAAACUGUCUUCAGAUCAGGCGAAACAAGAGCCAGCUGGAUGCAUGGACGAAGACUCCUCUGUAUCAAACAGCGGCGAAGAGAAGAGCGACGGCUCAAGUUUAUUAAAGUCAAGGAAAAAGAGAUGUCCCUACACCAAAUACCAGAUCCGAGAACUUGAAAGAGAAUUUUUUUUCAACGUAUACAUAAACAAAGAAAAGAGGCUGCAGUUAUCAAGAAUGUUAAAUCUGACAGAUCGACAGGUGAAAAUAUGGUUUCAGAACCGAAGAAUGAAAGAGAAAAAACUGAACAGAGAUCGGCUCCAGUAUUUUACUGGAAACUCUUUAUUCUGACAUUCUGAACAUUGAAUUCGUGGAUCUUACCAGCAACCUCCAAAAAGGAACGCUUGUGGGUCGUGAGUGUUCGGACGUUUUAUACACCGAGCUUCCCUGCAGUUAUGCAAGCUGCCUUAACGAGCCAAGAAAAAAGACCGAAAUGACAUUAACUAUGCAAACCUCGUAGCACGAAAAACUCGUAUCACAAGAAAAAUGGACGCAAAACCGAUUUUAAAAACAGAAGAAAGUAAAUUGUUGGACAGAGUUACGGAAGUAAGGACAUCAUGACAACCUCACUGUCCAUUGUGCCUCCGUUGAGAUGUUAAUUGUCACAUUGAUGUAAUUGAUGUGUACUAUAUGUUUACUUAUUGCAUUUCACCCAGUUCAUUCGAAUGAUUGAUAUAUAAUAUUGCAUUAAGCAACGAAUGGUUUGAUUACAGUAAUCAAUGAUAUUAUCUACUACUGGAUCUAUCUACGUGCAUUUAUUUCUGAGACGCAUGUGAUGUAUUAUCUUUAUGAAUGGGAAAGUA